UAAUAUAUACCACCUGUACAUCACAUUUGGAAUAAUUACGGGAGGGGGAUUAGGAAUAGUCUUUGUUCCAGUCACAACAAUAAUCAAUGAAUAUUUCACAACAAAGAGGACACUUGCUUUUGGAAUAGUCACAUCUGGAUUUGGAGUAGGCACCUUUCUAUAUCCUCCACUGAUUGAUGUCCUAAAUAAGGAAUAUGGAUGGCGUGGAGCUCUGCUAAUCUUGUCUGGGAUUGGAUUAAACAUAUGUGUAUGUGGUGCACUAAUGCAUCCAUUUAGAACUAAUAAUAAACUGGUGGUGGAAACUGACAAAAAUAAAACAGUAUUCAAUUUAAAAAUACUGAAAUCUUUUAAUUUUUCAAUAUUAUGUUUCAAUUUCCUAAUGUUUUAUUUUGGUCUUUCUAUUGUGUUCACACAUUUAUCAGAGUACUCUGGUUUGAUGGGAAUUGGAGAAACUGAAAGUGCAAUGCUAUUUUCUGCGUAUGGUGUCACUAAUCUUAUAGGGAAAAUUUCAUUUGGAGUAAUAGCAAAUCAUCCAAAGGCAAAUGAUUUACUACUCUACACUAUUACUCUUUUUAUAUGUGGUCUAGCAACAGUGCUUGUUCCAUUACUUACACAAUAUGGAACUUUACUUGCUUAUUCUGGAGCAUUUGGACUUUUUAGUUCAACAGUUGGAGUACUUGCACCAGGUAUAGUCUGUCAAAUGUUAGGACCUGAUGAGUUAGCAACUGGCUAUGGCGUACUCUUGCCAUUUUCUGCAUUUGGAAAGUUAUUAGGUGGGCCUGUAGCUGGUUUCAUGUAUGAUUCACUUCAUUCAUACAAUGCCUCAUUCUUUGUGGGUGGUGGGGCAAUUAUUACAAGCGCACUUUGCAUGGUUGUGCCUUAUUUACGCUUGAGAAAAAAACAUUCACAUCGUGCCCUUGAGGCUGUUAUUGAGAAACUGCAACCUCUUAUGGAUGACACACUAAAGAUGUAAUUUAUAAACUUUAUUGCAAUAAAUCAAUUUGUAAUCAUGGAGCAACAUACAUUUAUAUUAAUAAAGCAUAUACAAUAGACAAAAAAUCAUCAAUUGAUGUAUUCCUCAACUGAAUAAAAAGUAAAACAUGGAAGUUUUUAAUGAUUGAUAUAAUUUCCUAAUCAAGCAUUUUACUAUGCAACUAAAGUAUCAAAACAGUCAUAUAACAAUAUGUGAACACGUAAUUCAUUCUUUUGAGUUGAAAAAGUCCAUAUUUUGCCAUAUUUGGACCAUUAUCACCAGUGUAAAAUUAUCAUAAUAUCACACUAUAUAGAAAAACAUGAGCAAAUGUCCACAAAUUCUGAAAAUAUAUAGCACUGAGUUUUGAAUAAAAAGAGU